AUGUCGUCUGGCGCGCCCCGCUUUCUACAGCCCUCGCGCCUCGCUCUUCUACAUACAAACAUAUGCGAGACCUUCGAAAUACACGACGUGCAUGAUUUCCAGCUCGAGACUGGGCAGAAUACCCUCCGGGGCAAGUCGACGGUGCUGAACGUUCCAACCGGCGGGGGCAAGACCAUUGCGUUCUACUAUGCGCUGUUUUACUAUUGGUAUCCCGGAAACACGACGCCUGAGGACCAGAAGAUUGUCCUGGUCAUUAGUCCCCUCAUCGCGCUCAUGGAAUCCCAGGCCGAUGAUCUUACCGCACGCGGAGUUCCAGCUGUGGCUCUCACUGGACGCAGAAUGAAGGGGGAAAGGCUUCUCGAGAACUGCGCUGCUGGCGAGUAUCGCGUCAUUCUCGUAUCCCCCGAGCUCGUGCUCUCACCAGGCUUCCGCAAUAUCGUCCUUCGAUCCCCUACAUUCCGAAGCAAUGUGAUCCAGCUCGUUAUCGACGAGGCGCACGCCAUAUGCGAGUGGGGAACGGACGACUUCCGCUCGGACUACCGCGAACUAGGACAGCUACGAGGCUUGCUUCCAAAAGGCAUCCCCGUCCUCUGCACAUCAGCCACACUCCCUCAAGAGGUUCUUGAUGAUAUCUGUGUAACGCUUUGCCUCCCCGACGACUGCGAGUUCAUCCUGUACUCGAACGCGAAGCCCAACAUCGCCCUGUCUGUUCGUCAACUCCAGCACCCCGACAACAGCUAUGCUGACCUCGUCACCCUAAUCCCCAAAAAUGCCAAGAGCGCCAGCGACAUCCCAAUGACCUUGGUCUAUGCCGGCAGCCGUACUGUCGUCGAGGAGAUACAAGACUUUCUCCGACGACAUCUCCCGGCCGGUAUCCCCCAAGGAUCCGUUGAGUUCUAUCACCGCUUCAUCGAGGAUGGCCGGAAGGACAUCAUCCUGGACCGCCUUCGUGCCGGGGACAUCCGCAUCUGCGUGUGCACGGAUGUACUUAGCUGGGGCAUUGAUCUUCGUAAUAUCGUCCGAGUAUACCUAUACAAGAAGCCGAAGACCUUCAACGCGAUGGUGCAGAAGUACGGCCGCUGCGUACGCUUGCCCACGGAGCUUGGGGAAUGUGUGUUGUUCGUGACGAAGGCCAUGUAUAGAUCAUAUGAGAAGGGGCUGGCGGAGUCGGCGGAUAUUGCACUAUUACAGUCUGAUCCCGAUGUUGGUGCGGGCGACGAGCAUGAUGUGGAUGUGGAUGAGGAUGUCAGGAUCGAGAAGGGUACUGAUGACGACUCGGCCCUGCCCACCCUGAAAGGCAAGCGGCUGAAGAGCUACGCGAAGCGAGACGAACAGUAUCUCAUCAGGUACAUCGGCACGAAGCACUGUCGACGCACAGUGUGGGACGAGUUCUUUGACAAUGCAAAUAAGCGCCAGCUCAAUCCUCCUGUCCCUAACGGCGCACGGUGCUGCGACAAUUGCACACCGAAUCUAUUCCCCAUCGACGCAGUCCUGCUUGAAGAUCCUAGCCAGCUGCAGAAGGGCCGACGGCAACGCGCUACGAAGGAGCUUGAGGCAUGUGUACGUGCCCGGCUGGAAGUCAUACGUGGUGAAUGGUUCGCAGCGGCGUAUCCUGCCGGCAGUCACUUCCUAUCCCCUUCCCACUUCCUCUCUGACGACCUCAUCGCUACUAUCUCAUCCACCGCCACAUCGUUCGGCAACCUACCCGAAUUCAACACUAAAUUCCGCUGGCACUGGUCGCCUCGAUACGGAUCAGAGCUUGUUGAUGCAGUUCUCGACGAGCGGCGGAAACUCGAGAUCCCUGCAGGGCCGAACAAUGACACCUCGUCCUCGUCGCGCACAGCUGAACCAGCAAUUGAAAUUCUCCCUCCCCCGAAGCGGAUACGGCUUGACAAAGUCUCUAUCGCGGCGUACAAGCGCUACCAAGACAUAUUUGGUCUUUGUCGCAGCGAGAUCGAGGGCUACGUCGAUUCUGCUGGUCAUAGCCCAGCGAAGCGAUUCAGGAGCCUGCCCCGAAGAGGCACGUCGCACGCUCAAGGACUAUGUCGACGAUUGGCACCUGCUCGCCCGCAAUACCCGUCUUCACUAUGGUGA